UCAAAAUAGAGGUCAGUGUUCGUCAGAAGUACUGAAACUGCUAAGCAGAAAAGGAUGAGUAAUCGUGUGGUUUUUCUGUUACAACAAGAACAAGAAGAAACAAACACAAAUUUUCUUGCACUUAUUUACAUCUCUCUCAACUACAGAGUCUGCAACUUUCUUUGCUUUUGCCUCCAAUACCAAUAGCUUCUCUCAUCACUUCCUUUUUGUUUGUUUUUCUUGAACUCCCUUUUUCCGUUUUUAGCUAUGAACACUGACUUUACAACACUUCCACCACAGUUCUCACUGUAACCAUGAAGGUGAUGCCAUGACAAGUCACUGUAUUUCUUCCUCUGUAACCUCCAACUCUUCAUCCAUGGAGACAUUUAGAGACAUGGGUUCUCUUUCUUUAGUUCCUAUUAUUAACAGUGUACCUGUACCAGUACCACCACUAAAGAAUAUUUGCUACUGUAAGGUUUUUGAUAACAAGGUUGAUCAUCAAAUAGAGUUCUCAUUAAUGGCCAGAUGCUGUACUAGUUGCCUGGACAGUAACCAAAAUAGUGAGGCUGUUGAUGAUCGAGAAUGUAAUGUAGAUAAAGGUUCAGGAGGGGCAGAAGUAGUAAAAAUGGACUAUGGGCUGUCAAAAGUUUGUGCUAGAGGUCAUUGGAAACCAGCCGAAGAUGCUAAACUGAAAGAACUUGUUUCUCUUUAUGGUCCUCAGAACUGGAACCUUAUAGCAGCAAAGUUGCAAGGAAGAUCAGGUAAAAGUUGCAGAUUGAGAUGGUUUAAUCAAUUAGACCCAAGAAUCAAUAGAUGUGCUUUUAGUGAAGAGGAGGAAGAAAGGUUAGUGGCAGCUCAUAGAAUUCAUGGUAACAAAUGGGCUUUAAUUUCUAAGCUCUUCCCAGGCAGGACUGAUAAUGCAGUUAAAAAUCACUGGCAUGUCAUUAUGGCUAGAAAAUACAGACAGCAAUCUGUUGCUUAUAGGAGAAAAAUACUGACUCGGUCUACUCAAACAAAGGUUGAACAUGGUAAUGGCAGUGGUUCUUCAAGAAUAGGCUCUCUUAAACUUUGCAGCGGCAGCAUUAGCAGACCCUCUAACUUACAGUUUGCAACAUCAAAUGCUGGUGCUAGUAAUGGAUCUUGUGAUAAUACUACUAGUGAAGUGGCAGCCGAAAAUGGGAGAGUUAUGUUUGUUAGAAGCAGCAAUUUACUUUCUUUUCCUCAUGGAAGUUGUGCAGACCAUACAUCUUUUGAUUUCUUUCCUGGAGGUCACAACGGUUGCGAGAUUCUGAGUCACAAGGAGCACUGCAAUAUGCCUAAAGAUGGUACCACCUUCACUGUUUUCCACACCAUGCAACAAUCAAGCAACCAUCACUUUUCUGCAGACCACAUGGCAUCACCGCCAGCAUCUCAAGUCUCGAUCAGCGGGCCAUCCUCAUCAUCGUCACUAUCAUCAAUUGCAGAGAACAAGGCUAUCAGCCAUUUUGAGACCACUGUAUCAUCACCACCAUUUAUAGAUUUUCUGGGUAUAGGAGCUUCUUGAUUGAUCAAGAACAAAAGUUUCCUAAACAAUGUAAAAGGAUUUAGAACGUAUCGAGAGAAAGUACUGCUCUUUUCAUGAAUGAGAUGUAACACUUUUCGUCAAGAACAUAACCUUUGCUUUUGUAGAUAAACAGCCUGAAAUUGAUCCCAUGCAUGUUAAUUCAAUGAAGUAGCAAUCCUUCUUAUUUUCUA